CUUAACUAAUGCCACGUAAUGAGAUUUCUAUUAAAUGUGUCUCUUUCAAAAGUCUUUUAUCGUAAAGCAUAGAAAGGCAAAGAUCUCCUUUCGGGAACGUUUAUCAAUCUAAACUUUCAGCAGAACACCAGCAAUUUCAGUCGAGAAAAAUCGUUAACAGACUUAUUUAACAGUGUCGUAAUUUUAAUCCGAACAAGUAUAUCUAAGACGUUACAUUUAGUACACCUGUUAUCACUGGAUUUUUACAAAAGAAUGAAGUUUUUAUCGAGUUUUCAAGCGAUCUUCCUCGGUAUGUUUUUCCUCGUUAAAUUCGCCUUGUCCAAGAAAUAUGGUCUAGUGGAAAUAACAUCUAGUAAUUAUGAAACCCUGGUAAUAGACGGAGAGAAAGACGCAUGGAUUGUAGCCGUCAAAGGCGCCGGGAAAGUGUCUCUGGACGAGUGGAAAGAAACUGAGUUUAGUCUGCGAGGAUUAUUUGUACGAGUGGGAAUAAUUGAUCCCGAAAAAGAUGGAGCGUUCUUGAAGAGAAAGGGCUUUCUUCAGAAGGAUAAAAAGUACCCAGUCGCCCGCGUUUUUCCUUAUGGUGGUUACAAAAUAAAAUCAGCGGGCAAGAAGGAUGUUGAUUCUCGAUUGGAAGCUGAAAAUAUCGCACUCGAAAGUCUGCCUGAUGAAACAAACAGGGUUAAAACAAUGGAGGAGUUACAGCAGUGUGUAAGGCGAGGAUACGAAGCUCAACCUUUACAAAUGCCUGUCGUGCUACUAACAGGUAAUUUCAAUUCCAGUUUGAGAAAGCUAAAAUACUGGAUAGAAGCAAAGUCUAUGAUACAGUUAUAA